AUGCAUUACGCAUAUCCUCCACGGAAGAGCUCGAAUCCCGCGCCCUAUCUGCCGCGCAAGUCUAGGGGCGGCUUGCCUCCUGCCAUCAGACGCAUCCGACCCAAGACGAUCGCCCUCAUCGGCCUCGCGUUCCUCGCCUUCAUAUACCUCAUUGCCGGCCGGGGAAGCAGUAGGAAGUCGAUAUCGGUGGCGCAACAUGUCCCGUCAGGCAAUCCGCCCGCAGUGCUUGUGACGGUGUUCGACAGUGGGAAGUUUGGAGCGCCGUAUGUCGAGAUCGUCAAGGAGAAUAGGAAGGCCUACGCUGAGAAGCAUGGCUACGAGACUUUCUUACCGCACGUUGGCGACUUCGACCUCAAUGGCGCACCAAUGACCUGGACAAAGGUCGUCGCCCUGCGCGCGGCGCUGACCAAAUAUCCUGAUGCCAAGUACUUCUGGUUUCUGGAGCAGGACGCGCUGAUCAUGAACCCUGAGAUAUCGGUGGAAAACGAGCUGAUGAAGCCAAGUAACAUCGAGAACAUCAUGAUCCGCGAUCACCCUGUUGUGCCUCCCGACAGCAUCAUUAAGACGUUCUCGCAUCUUAAGGGCCAGGACGUGGACUUGGUGAUCACUCAGGACAAAGAAGGCCUGUCGACAUCGAGCUUCAUUGUCAGGAAUACAGAGUGGGCGCGGUUCUUCUUCGAGACGUGGUUUGAUCCCAUCUACAGGAGCUAUAACUUCCAGAAGGCGGAGACACACGCAUUGGAACAUAUCGUUCAAUGGCACCCCACAAUCUUGUCGAAGCUGGCCCUCGUGCCACAGCGGACGAUCAACUCCUACAGCUACCACGCUAAGGGCGAGCAGUACAAGGAGGGCGAUAACAUCGUGCGGUUUGCGACGUGUGCUAGAAACACACCUGCAACCUGCGAGAACGAGCAGGAGCCCUACACUGCCACCUGGCGGGCGCUCUUCAAGAGCUCAUGA